AUGGCCGACGACAACCCGGACAACGUCCUUAGCGCGACCUUCCCCGCCCCGCCGCCCUUCUGGAAACAAUUCACGUCCGACAAUCGCGCGCGCUUGAAGGAGCUCCAGCAACAGAAUGCUGCGGAUGAGGGCGCCGCGCUACCGCCCCGGAUACCAGACAUCCCAGUUGAAUUGCGCUACCUGCAGCCGCCAGAGCCGCCGGCGAACGGGAAGUACAGGAGUUUCGGGGACCCGUACGACAUCAACACGGCCCUCACGUCCCUCCGCAACAUGGGCGUCGAGCAGCUCUACCCUUCCCCACCAUCCUCCCCAUCCUCCCCCUCCCAGCAACAACAACACCACCAACAACAAGCAGACCGCGAUUCCAGCGACCCCACCACCACCACCACCACCCGCCAACAACCCCAACCCAUCCAAUCCCAAUGGACCCUCGACCGCGCGUCCUACAUCAAGAAAAUGGCCCAGAGCCUCCUCCUCAACUACCUCGAGCUGGCCGGCCUCCUCGCGCAAGACCCCGCCCGCUGGCAGGACAAGUACGAGCACAUGCAGACGCUGCUGUUCAACGCCCACCACCUCAUCAACGAGUACCGCCCGCACCAGGCCCGCGCCAGCCUCAUCGCGAUGCUGGAGGAGCAGCUGGCGCGGCGGAGGGAGGAGGUGGACGGGGUGAGGCGGAUGGGGGAGAGGAUCGAGGGCGUGUUGGCGGGGUUGGGGAGGGAGGCGGUGGGCGAGGAGGGGUUGUUGGGGAAGGGGGAGGCGGUGGGGCUGGGGGUGGGGGGCGUUGUUGGGGGGGAGGAGGGGAGGAGGAGGGCGGUGCAGAGGGAGGUUAUGAGGGCGUUGGAUGAGGAGUUGAUGGGGGAGUGA